AUAUGACCUCAUCCUUCUCAACUAGGAGAAGCAUCAUGCUAUUACAGCCAAGAUCCCACAUAGAGUUGGCAUGUGGACGUCUGGAUAUCUCUCUCAAGCAUCUCAUGCAGGAAUUCUGCAGUAUCAUAAUUGGUGUUCUCCAUGUAGCUGGGGAACUUCAAACUCUCAAGAUCAUCAUUCAACUCAUUAACCAAUGUAUCCAAGCAUCUAACUUUCACUGGUGCCUAGGACAUUGGCGUGGCACAAUUUACUUCUCAUUUCCCCUUUCCUGUUAGUUCAUAUCCACAGUCUAAAAGAAGCUUAUUAUCUUUGCCUGUGCAUGAAAUGUCAUUGGCUCAAUUGGAACCUUGACUCUUAAAACCGUCUGUGCUGUGUUGAGGAAAUGCUGAUUGUUUACUAGUACUUUGCAUGAGGAAGCAUUGGUCCUUUCUGUAACUGAACCUUAUCCAUCAACUUCAGAUGCUGCCCGAUUCUGCCACUCGAACAGGUUAGAGUUGCUGACUUCUGUGACAAAAAGGAAAUGCAACCCUAAAAGUUUUUCCUAAUUUUCCUGUUUAAGUUGUUUAAUUAACUUUUCAUAUUAGAUUACUAUGUUCGGUAAUUUUCUGCAUGUCACGGCUGCAUGUCUAUAAACAAGAUAUGUCUUAUUUGUUCAAUCAAGAUUGCCUUCCAGUCCUGUCCGUGAAGUUCAGACAUUUGCCCCCCAAAUUUCCUUUUCCAAGACCAAAAUUCCGGGGCCACCAGAGAUCAAUAAUAGAGGUUUACUCUUUCUCCCAAAACAAAGAAAGAAAGAAAAAACCGUGUGAAUGAAGGAAAACGGUAACUAUGUCAAGGAACGACUCUCAUAAGCAUCAAUAUUUGUAUAUCUUAAACAUAUUAUGUCAAACAAUGAUCAUAAGGAACAUUAAAUAUAUAAUAACCUCAUGACAUGCCAUCCUAAUGCGUUGCACCGUCAAAAGGCCAUGAAGGCCCACAAGACUUAACCGGCCCGAUUGGAACCAAAAUCGUACAGUACCCAAAGUCCAGACGAUAAUAAAACCAUCCCUCUCGUCGCCGCCCAACGGCUCCCAAAUCUCCCGUGUCCCGUUCGACGACGUCUUCUUUAUCCAUUAGUAUGGCCCCCGGCGCGGGCGUCGGUGGUGGCGUGGGAGGAGGCGGAGCCCGGAAACGGCCACGCGCGAGGAGCAGCACCCACUUCUCCUCCGGCCCCGACCCCGACGAAACCCUAGCCGAGAAUUCUCCUCCUCCGCUGCUUCUCUCCUCCUCCGUCCCCACCGCCAGCGGCUUCAACGACCCCGUCACCGCCGACGUCCUCCUCCGCCUGCAACUCGAAGAUCCCUCACCUUCCUCUUCUCCCGACCUCCAUUCCCCCUUCCUCGACCUCCACCUCCACUCUGCCGCCCUCUGCCGCUCCCGCUACUUUGCUGCCCUCCUGUCCGACCGAUGGCUCCCCGCCGCCGCCGACUCCCUCGACACCAUCAUCCGCCUCAACCUCGCCGUCCCCUCCGCUGCCACCGCCCGCUCCCGCGGCCCCUUCGACUCCCACGUCGCGGUCCUCCGGCUCCUCUACACCCUCGACUUCUCCGGCGCGAUCAUCUCCGCCGCCGACGCCCUGGAGAUGCUCCCCAUCGCCCUCGAGCUCCUCUUCGACGACUGCAUCCAGGCCUGCGUGCGAUUCCUUGAGGCCGUGCCCUGGACCGAGGAGGAGGAGGAGGCCGUGUUCAGUUUGAUCCCUUUCCUCCAAGAUGAGGAAUCCCGCGACCUCCUCGCUAGGGUCCGGCCGGAGAUGGGCUCCGACGGGAAGGCCCCCCCAGAGGAGAUGCUCCAUAGCCUGAUCCUCUCGGCGAUCCACAGCCACCCGAAGGUGGCCACCGUGAAGGCCUUCGUGGCGAAGCUGCUGAGAGAUUACCCCUCUCGGGACACGGUGAGGAGGGUGUUGGACCGGGCGUUCCUGGAGAACUUGGAGACGGUGAAGAAAUUUCUGGGAGAGUAUGCAAGCCCGGACUUCAGGGUGGCGGAGGACAAUGACGAGACCGAGGCGAUACAAAGGCUGAGCCUCCACAAGGCGAUGGUCAAUGCGAGGCACUUGCUGUGGCUGGUGGAGAGGAUGAUCGAGCUGAGGGUGGCGGACAUGGCGGUGAGAGAGUGGAGCGAGCAGGCGGCGCUCGUGGCUGACCUGCAGAGGACGUUCAGGGAUGAUGCAUGGCGGAAUAUCGCACCUGGCCUGUCGUCGCUAGUGAUGAGGUGCACCAGCCGGCUUGCCAACGCUGUGGCUGCCGGGUCGAUCCUGGCUCCCAGACAGGUGAGAAUGAAGCUUGUGAAGGAGUGGCUCCCUGUGUUGAAUGUCUGCAGAGAUAUGGUUUCGCCAAUACCAUCUGGUCAGAAAAUGCUUUAUCAUGAGAUGGAAGAAACAUUUCUAAUGAUUAUAUCCACCCUGCCCAUGUCAAAUGCCAAAGAAUUGCUGCAGCAGUGCCUCAGCUUCUCCACACGUAAUGUCGAUGACUGCCCACACCUGAUCUCAGCUUUCAAUACCUGGUUUAGGCGGGCCAAUCGAUCACCACAUGAUGACAGCACCAGCUGAAAGCAGAUUAUGCUAGUGGAUAGACUAAUAAUAUACGAUCAUGUCCAUGGUGUUGUUUGGUAAAAGGCUACAGUAGACUUCCCAUGUAACUUACAUUUGAUAACUUAUCUAUAUUGCUUUAUCCAUACUGCAUCAGUCUGACUGCCCUUUGAUCUGCUUUUUACUGUUAUACUUUAUAAAUAAUUUCCUGUCAUGUAACUUAGUGUUUUCUUGCCUUAAAUCUUCAUCUAUGUGAUACAUAGUUAUCCUUGCAAAGAUGGGAUGAAAUAUACCAACUAUUUGCAUCAAUUAUUUUUUAUCAGCUUUCGACAUUUUUACGUUUUCUACCACAUCGUAGCCACCUCUGAUGCAUGGGAACCAGCUUUCCCCCCCCCUUCUCAAGGUGUCCAGACUGAAAAAGAGAUAAUUUAUGCUUAGAUGAACUGGGGUGUUAUCUAGUCUCUUUGUUCAAAUAUCUUUUCUCAUAAUUACCAGUUACUUCCAUCGGUAAUCUGUGAUAGCCAUCUGAUAUGUUAUUAUUGCAUGUGGCCGAUUUUGAAACCUCCUUGUUUUCUUUAGGAAGCAGACAUGGGUGGAUGAGAGUACAAGGCCUCAAUGUUUCAGUUAACGUCUUUACCACCGCUCUUCUGGUAUUGCCAACAACUUAAACCAUGAUAUUUGCACAAGAACUGGAGAAUAACUCUAUUUACUUUUUAUAAUCAGGAAAAUCUUAAUUAUUAGAGAUGGUUCAUUUGUUGACGCUUGUAUGUUUGAUUCAUUUGUAUUCUUUUCUUCUUUCACUUGUAUUUCUUGAUGCUAGAAUUUGCUGUAGUAGUUGUUUCACCUCUUCAAUGUUCCUUUGAUUGAUGAUAAAUUUACUAGAAAUGCAGUUCCAGUUGAAUACUACUUCACCGGAAUGUAUGACUAACUCUGGGAUCAGGUCACAUAUUAUUGCUUUCUGUUGAAAUCAUUUACUUUUCCUCUGUCCAUGGAUAUAGAGAACUCGCUAAAAUCAUGCAUAGCCUGUCUUCUUGUGGAUCCUUUUUGUAGAUUUUGCUGUUCCUGUGACUCUUUGGGAGCAGAUAGGAUCCAUUGCUUCUGUCAGGGCACUGAAAUAACAAGCUCUUAAAUUAUGCCUCUGGUAUCUGGUCUUGGGCAUGUCAAAAA